AUGCUUAAGACCGGAGAGCUUUCCGACCUCACCAUCAUUUGCGGCAACAAUCAGCAUCGUGUACACAAGCUCAUCCUUAGCACUGGCUCUAAAUUCUUCAAAGUCGCCUGUACUGGCACAUACAAGGAAUCUGACGGAGAAAUCUAUCUCCCAGACGACGAUCCCGCUGCCGUGCGAAAGAUGAUUGGUUAUCUUUACAGUAUCGACUACAACCCCACAAGAACCCAGAUGCCGGACUAUGAAGAUGAUGUGGAGGCAGAGCUGUCCGAUACGGAAUACGACGGUGAGGCGCGGUAUCGAAUGAAGCUCUUUGGGGCAGUAUUUAUCGAGCGAAAAAGAAUAAAACGGCUCAAAGAGCAUGAAUGGGGAGGCUGGAAGGCCGAAGAGUCUCCCAUUUUUUCGCAGCUCUGCCUGCAAGCGAAAGUGUAUGCAUUGGGGGAAAAGUACGGGAUGCAAGGUCUUAAGGACGCAGCGAAGGGCGCGUUUGAGAGCGAAAUACAGAGUGGCAAUGUUGGGGUCGACGAAUUCGCGGAGGCGGUGGAGGAGGUCUACACUUCGACGGUCAGUGAAGAUAGGGGUUUGAGGGAUGUGGUUGUCAAGAUGAUUGAGCAGGAUAUCUUGCUGUUGGAUCAUAUGGUUGUGCGGGAGGUCAUGAGGGCUACUGACUUUGCGUUGGAUGUUCUGCUGUACAUGUCACAGGGAAUGAGGUCUCAGGCAAGGUUUAAAGAUUCACCACAGGUUGAACUUACAUAA